UUAAAAAUAAUAUUAACGGGAAAAUGACAGGAAUAUGUCGGUAUUUAAUAGCGUUAUGUUUUUUAUCUGUGUGCGUUUGUGACAGAAGAUCUGAAGAGGGAUAUCCCAGAGGACUCAUAUCAGUUUGUCCAGGUUCGACCAAGCCAGUUAACAUUCCUCGAAGCCAGCUGAAGUACCUCUUCUUCGUGGUGCAAGGCAAAAACGGGACCAGGCAACGGUACAACUACUGGAAUGCCAAGAAAAUUGCCUCAGAUCCAAGGAUAGAUUUCAAAAGGAAGACGAUAGUGGUGGCAAUUGGCUAUCUUGACAGUACCAACUUUCCGAUGUCAGCAAUGUUUGCGAACGAGUACGAGGCUCGGGACUACAAUGUCAUACUGGUGGACAAUCAAAGAUUCGCAACUGUACAUUAUUUUUUAUCGACGCGUCUAAUGCGGCCUGUGGGCUUGCAUGUCGCUCAAAUCCUAGCUGAGCUCACAGAAGCAGGUCUUGACCCAUCGAAACUCGAAAUCUUGGGCUUCAGUCUAGGAGCACACACUGCUAGUUAUAUAGCGAAGAAUUACCAAACCUUAACUGGAAGAAAUAUAUCCAGAAUCUACGGCUUGGAGCCUGCAGGACCCUGUUUUAGAUAUCUAAGUAAAGACGAAAGAUUAGACGCCUCUGAUGCUGACUUUGUCCAAGUCAUACAUACCAAUAUUGACGGAUUCGGGAUGGCGGCUUCAAUGGGACAUGUAGAUUUCUACGUCAACGGUGGGGAGUACCAACCUUCAGACUUGAAUUUAUAUCCUUGCACGACAACUUGUAGUCAUUUUACAGUGCUCCCACUUUGGCUGUCAGUAUUAAAACACCCAACGAAGUUUAUAGCAAUCAAAUGCGAUAAUAUUCAACAAGCUAGAGACGCGAAAUGCUACGAUAGAGUCCCUUUGGAGUCUAAUUUUAUGGGACCGAAGGUGGAUGUGACCAAACAUGGCAUAUUUUACUUAUCAACUAGUAAAUAUUUUCCAUUUUAUUUAGGAAAGAAAGGACUAAAAGAAGAGUACGCGUCGUGGAGGACGAUUAGUGACAUUAAUGAUAGUGUUGGAACAGAAGUUUUUGUUUAAUA